AGAGUUCCUGGUGGGGGACCUCCUGGUCACCCAGAACACCUCCCUGCCCUGGCCCAGCUCCUACCUCACCAAGACGGUCCUCAAAGUCUCUUUCCUCCUCCACGACCCAAGCGACUUCUUCAAGACCGCCUCGUUUCUCUACAGCUGGGACUUCGGAGAUGGGACCCAGAUGGUGACGGAAGACUCUGUGGUCUAUUACAACUAUUCCAUCAUCGGAACCUUCACCGUGAAGCUCAAAGUGGUGGCGGAGUGGGAGCAGGCAGAGCCGGACGCCGUGAAGGGCGUUAUGCAAAAGACCGGUGACUUCUCCGCCUCGCUGAGGCUGCAGGAAACCCUUCGAGGCAUCCAAGUCUUGGGGCCCACCCUCAUUCAGACCUUCCAAAAGCUGACGGUGACCUUGAACUUCUUGGGCAGCCCCCCGCUGACCGUGUGCUGGCGCCUCAAGCCCGAGUGCCUCCCGCUGGAGGAGGGGGAAUGCCACCCCGUGUCCGUGGACAGCACUGAGUACAACCUGACCCACAUCUUCAGGGACCCCGGGGACUACUGCUUCAGCAUCCGGGCGGAGAAUGUCAUCAGCAAGACGCAUCAGUACCACAGGAUCCAGGUGUGGCCGUCCAGUAUCCAGCCGGCUGUCUUUGCCUUUCCAUGUGCCACGCUUAUCACUGUGAUGCUGGCCUUCAUCAUGUACAUGACCCUGCGGAAUGCAACUCAGCAAAAGGACAUGGUGGAGAACCCGGAGCCGCCCUCUGGGGUCAGGUGCUGCUGCCAGAUGUGCUGUGGGCCCUUCUUGCUGGAGACUCCAUCUGAGUACCUGGAAAUUGUCCGAGAAAACCACGGGCUGCUCCCGCCCCUCUACAAAUCUGUGAAAACUUACACUGUGUGAGCACCCCACCCCCAUCUCAGUGUUAAGUGAUUGCCUACUUGGAGCUUCAGGCAGGGUGGUGUGCACCUCUGACCAGGAGGGGUUCACAUGCAAGGAGCUAUUGGCCCUGGCCAGCCGGCCAUCUGUACAGUCUAGCCACUGCCACAAGCCCCUCUGUGUCACAGCCCCAGCCAUUCGCCCAUCUAUACAGUCCAGCCACUGAAGUAAGCCCCUCUCAGUGAGCCCUAUCCCAACUCCUGUCCUUAAAGAGGCUCUGGUCAGGACUCUGACACUGGGCAUGUUCCCUGUUCUCUCCCAGGUGGGCCUGGCUGCCCCUCGCCCUUUCCUCUCAUAUGGGCACAUCUGCCAUCUAUGGGGGGUUCAUAUUUCCCUCCCUCGGGCAGCCCUGCCUAUGCCAGAGAGCUCAGAAGCCCACACAUGGUUAAGGAUCCAUAACGGAGGGUCACACACACAGAUGGGCAUGCUCACAGAUGAGCGUGUGUGCUCUCUCUCUCUCUCUCACACACACACACACACACACACACACACACACACACACGUCACAUGGGCAUCUCACAUGAUUUACUCUGUAUCUGUUAAGUCAGUUGCUGGGCUGCACCCUGAAUGAGGACGAAGAUCAAAUUUGACUUUCUCCACUUGGCCCCAACAGGUCCUGGGCCCGGCCCCUCCCUUUGUGCGUUUUUUCUGCAGCUCUGUCGCCCAUUGUAGGGCCACCCUGUUCCCUGCCUGCUUGCUGGGGGCCGCACAGGGACAGGACCAACACUUUGUGAGUGCAGAAACCCUUAUGUUAAACUCUCCCUGAGGAAAGAAGGGGUGGAGUCGGGAUCCAGUGGGGACUUGGGUCCCUGUCGGUGGAGGAGGGCAUUCUCGCCACCCAGCUGCUUCCCAGGUGGCCUUGAGAAGGAAGAAGUGGGCUGGCAGAGCCCGAGCAGGGGACCCAGCCCACGCCCUCCCCUCCGGCCCAGUGGCCCGGGAGAGGCAGAGGCCGUGGAGAGGGCAGGUGACGGCACCAGUGGGGCCAGGGCUGAGGCCCAGGUGCAGGUGUCCAGGUGUGCCAGGAGCAGCCUGAGCCUGCCCGGGGAGGGAAGGGCAAGACGGUGGGGUCGGGGCUCCGUCGCUGUAACCGUUUGCUCCCAGACUGUGCUGAAAGCAGCAUUCACACUGUCGUGCGGCUCAUUCUCAUGAAAUACUGCCA